AUGCUUCGAAUGGCAUUAAUUCAACCAACAUUUACUUCAUCAGGUCUUCAAGUUGAUGCAUCCGGAAUGACAACAUUAAUGAUUCCUUAUAGUCCAUUACUAAAAGAUAUUAUAGAAAUAAAAGAAAUUAAUGUUAAAAGUCGAAGACAUGGUGGCACAGUUGCUAAAUGGUUUUCGACAUUUCUAGAAAAACCAGACUUAGAUUUAAUUUAUUUUGAUGAACAAUUUGAACCACAACAUACAAAAAAUAUUGAACCAGAAUUUCCAAAUGAAGCAUUUGAUUCAGAUGUCGUAAUAUAUCACGAUAUGAGUCCAUUUCAUUUAGGUUCAUUAGAAUCAAUCGAUGAUCUUAAUAAACGAUUAACAAAUCCAAUUAAAAUAUAUAAUUUUCGACCAAAUAUUAUUGUUAGUGGUGUUGAUAAACCAUAUGGCGAAGAUUAUUGGCGAGAAAUUCAAAUUGGUGAUCAAGUUAAACUUCGUUGGUUUCGAUCAUGUUUGCGGUAAUCAAGACUAUUUAGUUAGAUAUAUUUAGAAAG